UUCAAACAGAUCAAACACAGAAUAAACACUUGACAUGAUGUUCAUCAGAAUACUGUUCUGCCUGUUGUGUGGAGCUUUAACGACAGCGCAGCAGGACUUCAGCUGGAACGUUCAGCCUGAAGGCAGCAGCUCAGGGGACCAGAGACCAAACCGGCCUGGAGUCCAGGAACCAGCAGCUCUUCUCCAGGAGAAGCAGUCUUUCCAGCAGCCGCUGACUUGGAGGUUUCCAGACCCGCUGCCUGAGGAGGAGCCUCAGUAUCCUCCAGACUUUGAGCUGAAGACUCCGUCGGUGCCCAACACCGUCAGCGCCGUCUGCGGGGAGAACUCCGUCCGGGUGGAGGCCAAGAAAGACCUGCUGGGGAUCGGUAAACCUCUCCAAGCUGCAGACGUCACGCUUGGAGGAUGUCCUGCCACAGGGGAGGAUCCUGAAGCCCAGGUCCUGAUCUUCGAGUCAGAGCUGCAAGGAUGUGGCAGUCAGCUGCAGAUGACUGAGGACUCGUUUGUCUACACCUUCAUGCUGCUCCACACUCCCCGUCCUCUGGCGGAUGGUCAAAUCAUCCGAACCAGAGACGUCGCAGUCAGCAUCCAGUGUCACUACCAGAGGAAGCAUGAUGUGAGCAGCGGGCUUCUGAAUCCAACCUGGAGUCCGUUCAGCGCCACCAAAGCUUCAGAGGAAAGUCUCCUUUUCUCCAUCAGACUCAUGACUGAUGAUUGGCAGCUGUCUCGCCCGUCUGCUCAGUUCCUGCUGGGAGACAUGAUGAGGUUUGAAGUUUCAGUCAAACAGUUUCAUCACGUCCCUCUCAGAGUGACGGUGGACAGCUGCGUGGCCACUGUGGUCCCCAACAUCGACACCGUCCCUCGAUACGUCUUCCUUGGAAACAACGGGUGCCUCUUUGACAGUCAGCUGACUGGCUCUGGCUCUGGCUUCCUGCCUCGGUCUCAGGAUGACAGGCUGCAGUUUGAGGUGGAGGCGUUCCGGUUCCAGCAGGACGACAGCGGCGUGAUCUACGUCACCUGCAGUGUGAGAGCCACAGCAGCUGCUGCAGCUGUCGACGCCACCAGCAAGGCCUGUUCAUUCUCCAACGGGUGGAGGGAGGCCAGUGGCAGCCAUCAAGUCUGCAGCUGCUGUGAUACAGACUGUGGAGGUCAGAGUCACCUGGCUGGGACAGGUGCUCAGUGGGAACAGGAAACAACUGUUGGACCGAUCACAGUGAAGGAGAAACCUCUAGAGUGAAACACAACAAGGACUUAAAACUGAAAUUAGUGAUAAUUAUUAUUAAAGCUCUUUAUUCUGUGA